AUGUUGCUCGUCAAGCUGUGGAUCGCGAAAAAGCUCGCCGUGCUGCUCGCCGUGCGCGCGUUCGGCGUGAAGAGACUGUACCGACGAGGAUUAAAGCUCUCGCGCUACGCCUUUGGCGACGUGGAGGCUUCGGAGAACGCCUAUCGCCGGACGACGGAGCGAGUGCUGUGGCACACGUGUCACGCGGCUAUGAUAACCGAACAGUGGCUCGUGCGACGGGCGACCGCGUUCACGGAAAAGGUGUUCACGAACGCCGGGUUCAGCGCGCGAGGGAUGCCGAGCGGCGGGGAGGCGUUUGGCGGGACGAAGGCGACGCCGAAACCGCCGAAGACGAAGACGCCGUGA